AUGGAAGGAGGCGGGGGAAGCGGCAACAAAACCACAGGGGUAUUGGCCGGUUUUUGAGCCGGCGGAGCAGGUUACUCGCACGCGGAUUUGGCUGGCGUCCCGCUAGCUGGUAUGAACCCUCUGUCUCCUUAUUUAAAUGUGGAUCCACGAUACCUCGUGCAGGAUACAGAUGAGUUUAUUUUACCUACCGGAGCUAAUAAAACCUGGGACAGAUUUGAGCUGGCCUUCUUUACGAUAGGAGGAUGUUGCAUGACAGGGGCUGCGUUUGGGGCAAUGAAUGGUCUUCGGCUAGGAUUGAAGGAAACCCAGAACAUGGCCUGGUCCAAACCAGGAAAUGUACAGAUUUUGAAUAUGGUGACUAGGCAAGGGGCACUUUGGGCUAAUACUCUAGGUUCUCUGGCUUUGCUCUAUAGUGCAUUUGGUGUCAUCAUUGAGAAAACACGAGGUGCAGAAGAUGACGUUAACACAGUAGCAGCUGGAACCAUGACAGGCAUGUUGUAUAAAUGUACAGAGAUGGCUUUGGAUUCCCCGUUCUGUGUGCUGCUGUCUGGCUCCUGAACCCAGCUGUAAAGGUGUGUCAAUCCCAACUGGUGAAGUACUGAGAGGAAGCUACACAAAAGGCAGCAAAGUAUUAGUAAGUGUACCUCUGACAUUUUAACCACCUCUGACUUUUCCAUGGAAUGGACAAGUAGUAGUCUCUGUCAGAGCUACAUUUUAAAGGAGAAAAAGAAACGUGAAGUCAUGAACUAUUUAUGCUGUUAUUUUUGUGUUUACUCACCUCAUGUAUAUUGACUUGUAAAUUAGUAAUUUCGGAACUAUUAUUUAUCAAUUCAUUGCCUACAUGUCAGCAAACAAAUUUUCUUCUUAAUAAAGAAUCCAGUUGCUGGACACAAUGGUUCACACCUGUAAUCUCAGCACGUUUGGAGGGCAAGGCAGGAGGAUUCCUUGGGGCCAGGAGUUCAAGACCAGCCUGGGCAAUAUAGCAAGAUUUCAUCUCUACAAAAAAAUGAAAACAUUGGCUGGGCAUGGUGGCUCAUUCCUAUAGUUCAGGCUACUGAGGAGCCUGAUGUAGGAGGAUCACGUGACCCCAGUAGUUUGAGGCUGCAGUGAGCUAUGAUCCUAACACUGCUCUCCAGCCUGGAUGACACACCAAGUUGCCAUCUCUUCAAAAAAGGAAUCUAGAGACAUCAGUGUGUGCACAAGCAUGGUUUGUGAAUUUGGAAGUGCGUAUGUGCAUAGUUGGGCCCAAGAAUGUGUUGAUGAUUAUACCUUCUCAGAAUGGAGGUAAUUUUUUUUCUUUCCUUUUUUUUUGAGAUGGAGUCUUGCUCUGUUGCCAGGCUGGAGUGCAGUGGUGCUCUCAGCUCACUGCAACCUCUGCCUCCCGGGUUCAAGCAAUUCUCCUGCCUCAGCAUCCCAAGUAGCUGGGACUACAGGCACACACCACCACUCCCGGCUAAUUUUUUGUGUUUUAGUAGAGACGAGGUUUUACCAUGUUGGCCAGGAUGGUCUCGAUCCCCCGACCUUGUGAUCCACCCACCUUGGCGUCCCAAAGUGUUGGGAUUACAGGUGUGAGCCACCGUGCCUGGCCUGAAGGUCAUUUUUAUAAAGAUCUCUCCAUGUCUUAGAUUUGAUUCUUCCUUUAAAUAUUUUUCUCAUUGACAUUUGAAAGCACCUGACCUUAUAUAAAAUGAACAAUUUUCAUAACUCCUUAAAAGGAGAAUUAUGGCAUCAUCUACUAUUUCUUUCUCUUGUCUCAUAAAUCUAAACCAUCAACCUGCUUAUUUUUGUAUACUGUCACACUGUGUAUUCCCUGCAUUGAAUGCCUUUCUAUUGACAUUGUCUGUAAAAAUUGUGGGAAGUUUUCUGCACCCUGAAAUUUCUGUUAUGCGGAUUAAAUAUCCACUAUCCAUUUUUUUCCAAGUCUUACAGCAGAAAGGGUAAAUGCAGCCCUCACAGCAGCCUGUUGUUCGUCCUGCAAAUGUGUUUCCAUCACAUUACACAAAGCCUCUUUGUCUUCGUGGUUCUACCCUACUAAGUUUUUAAAAAAAUUAUGUAAUGUGUGUAUAUACAAAUACCUAUAUGUAUGUGUGUACACAUACAGCUGAUAUCUGCUGAGAUUAUGUAUGCAUGAACUAUAGAAUUAACUUGUAAUUUUAAGAAAAUAAAUUAUUUUGUAAAGAUAAAUCUCAUGUUUAAGAAGAGGAAUUACAAUUGAAUCAUUUAGGGAUGCCUCAGCCUAAACAUAAUAUGGAAAAAGCCAUAACCAAAAGUCAUUUUAGAGUACUGCUAGGUUACUCAACCUAUCAUCACAUUUAAUUAAAAUAUCAGUUUAAACCAUG